CAUUCUUAGUAAACACACCAUGAGUAGUCCUUGCACUCUAACAUUUAGAAGGAAGAGGGUUGUGGUUUCCAAUAAGGUGCAAGUUCCAUUGAAAAGAAUGUGCAGUGAUAAAAUCACUCUCAAAUUUGAGUGUUCUCCCCUUGAAGCUCUUCCCCUUGAUAUUUUGAUAAAGGUGGUAUGUGGUGUGGAACAUGAAGAUUUGCAUAGACUUUUCCAUGUCUCCAAAACUAUUAGAGAAGCGGCUCUUGUUGCUAAGGAUUUGCAUUUUGAGUAUAGUACGCCAAGGAAUAAUACAUUUGCUCUUUACAACCCCUUUGAUUUGGAUGGAAAUGGUUUGGAUGAAAUUGAAGCUCCAAAUAAACAAUUGAAGAAAUGUAAGUCAAGGUUGAGUGGUGGGAACUUGUCAUUGACAUUGUUUCCAUCAAUGGACGAAGGAGAUUAUUGAUGACUU